AGUCCGGAGCAGCCUUCGCGCAGGAGAGGUGAGUGCGCGCAGACGUCUGGUUGACUCCAUCCCGCGCUGACUGUGGACGGACUCAGCUUCCGACCCCCGACCCGACCCCCGAUCCCGACCCCGACCCGACCCCGAUCCCGACCUCGACCCGACCCCGCGCGCACGCUGCUCCAAAGGGCCACAGUGAAACGAUGGAGAAAGGCAGCGAGAUCAACGGGCACGCGGUGCCCCGCUCGGCCUCCACCGAGCAGAUCGCGGGGAAGAGCGCGUCGGGCAGCUUCGCGCAGAAGGCGGCGGCGUGUCUGAGCAAGAACCUGCUGGUGAUCAUGACGGUGUCCGGCGUGCUGGUGGGCGUCGGGCUCGGCAUGGCGGUGCGCAACAUGAACCUGACCAAGGCGCAGAUGACUUACUUCGCCUUCCCCGGCGAGAUGCUCCUCCGGAUGCUGAAGAUGAUCAUCCUGCCGCUGGUCGUCUGCAGCCUCGUCUCCGGCGCCGCCAGCCUGGACACGCGCUCGCUGGGCAAACUGGGCGGCAUCGCGGUCGCCUACUUUCUGGUGACCACGCUGAUCGCGUCGGGCAUCGGCGUGACGCUGGCGUUCAUCAUCAAGCCCGGCGUGGGCGCGGGGGGGCUGAACAGCAACAGCCUGGGGCUGGAGAGCGUCACCAGCGACAAGGAGACCGCCGACUCCUUUCUGGACCUGGCCAGAAAUUUAUUCCCAUCAAACCUGGUGGCUGCUGCUUUCCGUUCGUAUGCCACCGACUACAAGAUGGUUGCUGUGGGAAACGACACCAAUGGGACCACCCUCUAUCAAAAGGUUCCUAUUGGUACAGAAAUUGACGGCAUGAACAUCCUGGGUCUGGUUUUAUUCGCCAUGGUGUUUGGUGUGGCCCUGAAAAAGCUGGGGGAUGAGGGGGAGGAACUCAUUCGCUUCUUCAAUGCUUUCAACGAGGCUACCAUGGUGCUGGUGUCCUGGAUCAUGUGGUAUAUCCCUUUUGGCAUCAUGUUCCUGGUGGGCAGUAAGAUUGUUGAGAUGGAAGAUGUGGUUCUUCUGGUCACUAGUCUGGGAAAAUACAUCUUUGCUUCGAUCCUGGGCCACAUCAUCCACGGAGGCAUCGUCCUGCCUCUCAUCUACUUCGGCUUCACACGCAAGAACCCGUUCAGUUUCCUGUCAGGCCUCAUCACCCCCUUCACCACUGCCUUUGCCACCUGCUCCAGUUCAGCAACUCUUCCCUCUAUGAUCAAGUGUGUUGAGGAAAAUAAUGGUGUGGACAAACGCAUUAGCCGCUUCAUCCUACCCAUUGGAGCCACAGUUAACAUGGAUGGGGCAGCCAUUUUUCAGUGCAUUGCUGCCGUCUUCAUUGCUCAGCUCAACAAUUUUGAGCUGAAUGCCGGACAGAUCUUCACCAUCCUGGUGACAGCCACGGCCUCCAGUGUUGGCGCAGCAGGCAUCCCAGCGGGCGGCAUCAUCACCAUCGCCAUAAUCCUGGAGGCCAUUGGCCUGCCAACCAAUGACCUGUCCCUCAUGCUGGCUGUUGACUGGAUUGUGGAUCGCACCACCACUGUGGUGAACGUGGAGGGCGAUGCUCUGGGUGCCGGAAUCCUCCACCACAUCAACCAGAUGGAGAUGAAGAAGCAGCAGCAGCAGCAGCAGCAGCAGGACGGGGAGCUGGCGGAGGUCCGGGUGGAGGCAGUGGCCAACGCCCAGGCAGAGGGGGAGACCUCGCCACUAGUCAUGCACCAAGUCAAAGGCGCAGAGGGCCUGCCGGAAGCUAUCGAGUCUGUCUUGUGAACACAGCAAGACUUCUUUUUUCAUCUCCUGUGACCUUUUAACAAUGCUGACAUUGCUGCUGAUGGGACACAAUUCUGACUCGGUGUCCAUUGAAAAAAGCAACGACAAACAAAACAAGGUCGCUGAUGGUUUCACUUGUUAGGGGAAAAGUGCCAUAGUAACAGUAUUGACAGGCCUCGGUUUACUUGCUGCUGCUAAUUUGGAAUUUGAUCACUUUUGUUAUUGUCUCAAGAGUUUAGUUUUCAUCCAAGUAUUUGAAUGCAAAUUGGCAUCUGAAAAUCGAUAAUUUUCCUCAGUAAUUCAAUUUUCUAUUUUCAAUUUUUUAAUCUUUAUCAAACAUUUGACGUCAAACAGUGAUGGAAACACACAGUGUAAAAUAUCUCCCAUAAAUGUCAUAGUUCAUUCUGUCUCAUGCACUGUGUGAGAUGCUCAUAGCCAUAAGUUUGUAUAGAACAUCUUUGUCCUUCGUUUUAGUAUGAAAUAGGGAACUCUUUUUCCCAGGUUAACUAAUUGUCAUAAUCUAGAGAGAAGCCUUGCAAACUUCUGUUUGCCGACCAUCAGCAAACAUUGACUUGUCAAACAUGUCAAACAUUUGGACAGCAACAUGUUGACUGCAGGGUCCCUAUGACCCAGUUUGCUCAGUAUGAUGACGAUGGACGAACAUUACCAAACUUCAUUUCCCAAUUCAUAUCAGCAUUUUAUAAGGAUGUUUAGCUAAUUUUGUAAUGAGAGCGGCCUUCUUUUCCAAUUUUGCUCCUGGGGUCUGGGUCCCGAUAAUGGCUUCGGUCAGUUUGCAUGUACGCACCGAGGAGGCUGUUUGUUUUGAGUUUUGUUUGCUAUUUAGCCAGAUAAAGAAGUGUUAACAUGCAGCUGCGAGUUAGGUAGUUUAGCUAAUUUUGCUCAUGAGGUUUUUAGACUAAUACAUGAUUAGCUAACUUGAUACUUGAAUUAGCAGGAUAGUUAGAUUUAUUUUUUGGUGGGAAAAAAAACAGCUCGCUGUCAAAACCAGAUUAUGAAUUAACAAAAUUUGUUCAAUCCUGUUGAAACAGAAGAGUAGUAAAUACUUAAAUACCAUUCUUGCCCCAAUUUUUUAAGACCGCUAACAUGGCCGCCAGAGGGUGAAUUUAAGUGCCGCGGCUCUGUGUUAGCAUGUUUUUUACAUCUGCUUACUUUCUCCUAAAGAUGAUGGGGUUUUUAUUUAAUUAGUUUUUGGUUACAGGCCUGAAAUAAGAUCAGUUAACAUUUUCACAUCAAUUUUUUCUUCCUAUGAAAAAAUCCUAUUGGCUUUUUGUAGAGGGAAACCAGGGUGAUGCUAACUUCCAGUCUGCCCUAAAAAAAAGUACGUCGUCCCUGCAGCCUUCGAUUUGAAGGCGUCUUGAUGAUGUCAUGGGAUACUGUUAAAGACAGAGUCAUGGCCAGAAUUACGACUGUAAACACCCUUGAUUGACAUCAUGAAAACACUCCAGUCUUCGUUUUAUUCAAGAACACGUAUUUGACUUAUCUGUGUAGUAAUUUAAGUUCACUCAAAACUGAAAGCAUCCAAUGUUUGCACACAUACUGGACCAAAAUGAAAGAUAACGUCAUUAUUUUGUGAAUCCAUUCUGUGAUUUUAUAAGAAUUUUUCUCAGUGUCUAAGGAUCACACCAUAUGACCUCCAUUGGAACUGCAAAUUACAUGAAGAUUGCUAAUACCUGUAUUUUAAUUCUUUGUAAGACUUGAGGGGAUAGUUCAGUGCAACCUAUGCUCUGUCACAUCACAAUCCAAAAAUCCAUCCUUUAUGGUGGAUUAUUUUUGUGUACAGUCGAUACUGCUCCAAAAUAACUGGACCAAGGGAUACAAGACUCCAUUUAAGAUACAUGACUUGACCUAUGCUGUCCUCUAGUGGUGAUAGGGAUUAAUGUGAAAAUUCAGUUCAAGUAAUUUAAUUUUUUUUAAUGUGUUUAUUUGAUGUAUUGUUAUUCAUAGGGAGAAACUAGAGAUAAGACCACUUCAUUCCUUUGUCUCGUGAUGGCAUACCGUAUGUGAAGGUGAAGACCAUUAAGAGGUAAAGGAUCUAUAUGUCUGUGAAAUGAAUUUCAUUCAUGUUGCUGUCACUGUGUUUCGCUCAUUAUGACGUGGUGAUGCUGCUUUAGUUUUGGAUCAUGGUGUGUAUGUUGAAAUUGUCUGCUUUAAAGGUGAAGUAAACCCGUAUGUCUAACAGUUUCUUAUUCAACUUCAUCAUUUAAGAUUUGACACUUUUCUAAGCUAACAACUGCUCCAUUAACCUAAAACUGAUUUUUUUAUGCUGAUGUUUUGUUGAGUUGAUCUGGUACAAUCACAUGUAAUUACGUGCAAUGUGGUGUACCUUAUAUAUUUGAUAUUAAUUUAUUGCAAUUGUUCUAACUUCUUGUACUACUUGAAUUAUGAUCUUGUAACACUUCAUGUCAAAAUGUGUUUUGAUGAUACAUUUUAAAAUUAAUUCUACUGCCAGUGAUCCUGAUAACCACUUGUUAGAAAUGUACUUACAUUUUUUUUUUCUUUUCACGAAUACCUUGCCUGUGCCAUGUCACUGUCUAACACUUUACUGCUGUCUCUUUGGUCCUGCUGUGUGUCAACAUUAAAGCUGAUACAGUAACAAUUUCCAUGCAACCAAAA